UUGAAAUAAUAAAACAUCGCGAUUGCCGCCCAUUAAUCCACCCGUUACACACACUCACGAUAUUUAUUGUUGCACACGAAAAGCCAAGUGCCAUAUUAAGAAGCGAAUUGUACCGAUGAAGGAAGUAUAAAGGUGUGGAAUGCCUUUCCCUCGCCCCACGGCGCGCUUUCUGGCCACGUUGUUGCUGUGCCUGGUGACGGCCGUCGCGAUCGGCAUCUAUUGCGCUGGUUGUCCGUCGUCGUCUUUCUGCUCAAGCACAGACGAAGAAUGCAAACGAGAAAACAAAAAUGCCAAGGGAUUCGACUUUUACAGCUACAAGGCCAACGACAUUGAUGGCAAUGAAGUGUCAAUGGAAAAGUACAGGGGCCAUGUAUGUUUAAUUGUUAAUGUAGCAAGUAAAUGAGGUUUGACAGAUUUGAAUUACAGACAGCUACAGGAAUUGUACGAGAAGUAUGGGGAAUCAAAAGGUCUCCGAAUUCUUGCAUUUCCAUCGAAUCAAUUUGGAAGUCAGGAACCUGGCAGUAAUGAGGACAUAAAAAAGUUUGCCGAGGGAUAUAAUGUGACCUUCGACAUGUUUAGUAAGAUCAACGUCAAUGGUGCCGAUGCACAUCCUCUUUGGUAUGAUCUUCAGCGUGUCCUGAAGGGAUCAUUAUGGAAUGCCAUCAAGUGGAAUUUCAGCAAAUUUCUCAUUAACAAAGACGGCACACCUGUGAAGCGCUUUGCACCCAACCAGGAACCUAAGUCGAUCGAGAAGGACUUAGAGAAAUUGUGGUAGCUGCCUGGAGACUGACCUGUAAGAUUAACUUAACACCUGGAGAGGAUAAAAACUUUGGGUUUUUAAUCUGCAAAAGACAGACUGGAUGAAGGCUAUUGUUGAAAACUAGUUUUAGUUGACUGUAGUUGGAUAAAUUGUCUGUCUUUGUUGGUACCUACCUAUGGUUUUUUUCCUUUCUUUCUUUCAUAUGGUUGUUUGAAAAAUAUAUAUUUACUCAUUUACAAAAAAGAAAUCCCUUUACUUUAUCCCCCGCUUUCCCUCUCUUCUUAUAAAAAUGACAAAAGAUUGUUAGCAAAACAAGAAGAAACACUUGAUAGGUUGGUUAGUUUUGGUAGGACUGAAUGAAGCUGAUUUCACAAACCUUGAGAAAGACACAAAGCACUUGGAGAGCAACAACAACACCACCACCACCACAACAACAACAACAAUCACCUGGAAAUUAACCAACCAAUGUAGUGUUUGUCUUUUUCAGGUGUAAAAAUGUUUGGAUUAAUUAAAUAUGUGUAAUUCAAC